AGUGCGGGUCUUAGGAGGUUAAAUAAAGUUAAGACCCCAUGAAAGUGUUUGUACAGCCACAUUGUCUCCUUUGUGUGUAGGGGAGCAGAAUGGAACAGCUAUAAACACGACGGUAUCACCUGGCAGCCAUGGCAACAACACUACAUCAUUUCCAUCAUCUCCCAUCAAAUAUUCAGGGAACUGUUCCGAGUACCCACCAUUAUGCUGUGAUGGAUUCAAUAGUAGUUGUUAUCGAGGCUGUUUCUGUGAUGAGGCAUGUCUCCAGAAUCAUGACUGCUGUUCUGAUUUCACUGCUACCUGCGUUACAGGGGAGCAGAAUGGAACAGCUAUAAACACGACGGUAUCACCUGGCAGCCAUGGCAACAACACUCCAUCAUUUCCAUCAUCUCCGAUCAUUUAUUCAGGGAACUGUUCUGAGUACCCACCAUUAUGCUGUGAUGGAUUCAAUAGUAGUUGUUAUCGAGGCUGUUUCUGUGAUGAGGCAUGUCUACAGAAUCACGACUGCUGCCCUGAUUUCACUGCUACCUGCGUAACAGGUGAGCAGAAUGGAACGGCUAUAAACAUGACGGUAUCACCUGGCAGCCAUGGCAACAACACUACAUCAUUUCCAUCAUCUCCCAUCAUAUAUUCAGGGAACUGUUCUGAGUACCCACCAUUAUGCUGUGAUGGAUUCAAUAGUAGUUGUUAUCGAGGCUGUUUCUGUGAUGUGGCGUGUCUACGGAAUCACGACUGCUGCCCUGAUUUCACUGCUACCUGCGUAACAGGGGAGCAGAAUGGAACGGCUAUAAACACAACGGUAUCACCUGGCAGCCAUGGCAACGACACUACAUCAUUUCCACAGAUCUCAUAUUCAGGGAACUGUUCCGAGUACCCACCAUUAUGCUGUGAUGGAUUCAAUAGUAGUUGUUAUCGAGGCUGUUUCUGUGAUGAGGCAUGUCUACAGAAUCACGACUGCUGCCCUGAUUUCACUGCUACCUGCGUUACAGGUGAGCAGAAUGGAACGGCUAUAAACAUGACGGUAUCACCUGGCAGCCAUGGCAACAACACUACAUCAUUUCCAUCAUCUCCCAUCAUAUAUUCAGGGAACUGUUCUGAGUACCCACCAUUAUGCUGUGAUGGAUUCAAUAGUAGUUGUUAUCGAGGCUGUUUCUGUGAUGUGGCGUGUCUACGGAAUCACGACUGCUGCCCUGAUUUCACUGCUACCUGCGUAACAGGGGAGCAGAAUGGAACGGCUAUAAACACAACGGUAUCACCUGGCAGCCAUGGCAACGACACUACAUCAUUUCCACAGAUCUCAUAUUCAGGGAACUGUUCCGAGUACCCACCAUUAUGCUGUGAUGGAUUCAAUAGUAGUUGUUAUCGAGGCUGUUUCUGUGAUGAGGCAUGUCUACAGAAUCACGACUGCUGCCCUGAUUUCACUGCUACCUGCGUAACAGGUAAAAUGAGAUCCUUUGUUCACAAUAAUUUUGUGAUGACCAUGAUCAUGUGA